CGUCCGAGGUGACGGGAGUGUGGGAGGACACAGCUGAAGGAACGCUGCUGCAUCCCCCCCCUCCUCCCCGCAGCCGCCUGUCCCCCCGGGGACCCGUCUGUCCCCAGCCAGCCCGCGCUGGCACCGAGGAAGGUUCCGGCUCCGUGUCCCUGCCGUGACACCACGGGCGUUGGGCUGAGGAUUUUGGGGAGCACAAUCCCCGAGCUCGUGGGGAGCUGGGCACCGUCUUCAGGGCGCGCUGGGGAUCCCCUUCUGGGGACCGCACAGCAUCUCCGGCCACCAAGGGAAACUGAGGCAGGACAUCUCCGGGCGCUAAGGGAAACUGAGGCAGCGGGCAGUGGCUGCCCAUCGCUCCUGACUCCCCUGUCCUCGCACCAGGAUCCGGGUCACCGCAUCACCUGCCCGUCACCAUGGCUCCCCGGCGGCGGGGCACCCCGGGAGCGCGGCGGGGGCACCGGAGGAGCCCGGGCUGAGGGCAGGAGCCCCCGGCUGCUGCCAGCGCCGGGUGCAGAUUAACAAAAGCUCUCGCGGCCAUCGCGCCCGGUGCUGGGCACGGGGGGGAUCGGGGCUGCUUCCUCUGCCUGCGCCCUCAGCUUCCUCACCUGCGCCGUGGUGGAGGCAGUUUCUCCCGGAGCGGGCGGCUGGAGCCUUUCAUUGGUGACGGGGCGGCAUUGGCGAACAAAGGGCGCUUUCUUCACCCGCACGGGGCAGAGCACACCUGCCCGCUUUGGCACCGCCGCCGGUGCCCCCGGGGCUGGGCGGCACCGCCGGCACCGCGCCGAUUCCCGGUUCCCGGGCGUCAGCAGCCCCAGCAUCCCUCCCGCCCGCCCAGUCGCUGCCGGAGCCGGCGGAGGCUGCACGCUCGUGGGGAGCAGAGCCGCCGCCACCGCCGCCAGCGCCUCAGGAUGCUCAAGGUUGCCUAGAGCCGGGGGAAGGUCCCGCUCGUGCUGCCGCUGCUCCCUGGGUACCCCUGUCCCUGAAUCCCAGCUCGCCGGGACCCCCAGCUCGUAGGACGAUAGGCAGGAGGAGCACGGAGCUUCCCAAGCCAAUGGAUCAAAAACUCCAGCUCCAGCAGGCGGAGAAGAACAUCCCCAGGGCCGCCCGGGCGGCUUUCUGCCUCCUCCAGAUCCCGGAGCCGGACCCCUUCAGCCUGUGGGUUUAGGUGCUCCCGCCCGCCCGGCUUCGCCUCUCCGGGACCCGGUGUCACCGGCAGAGACCCCCGCUCGUCCUCGGCACUGGGGUCCCUGAUGGACCCUCCAGGAUCCGGCCUGCCCGGGACGGCGCUGAGCACCACAUGAGUGUCGGAGCAGCAUGGCCAGCGACGCGAGGAUGGGGGAGACCCCGCCGCGGUGGAGAAGAGCCCCGGAGGCAGCGCAGGACUCCCGGGGGAUGGAGAGCAGCGGGAUGGUUUUAUCCCGAAGCGCCGCUGCCGAGUUGGGACUCCCGGGCUACCCGGAGCCCGGCAAGCUGAGCUACGGGGUGGAGAAAGGAUGUCCCUGGAGCGGCUCCGAGGGAUGUUUGGGACCCGUCCGGGAGCUCGCCGGUGGCCGGCUGGGCUGCCCCUACCCACCGGCUCCGCCGUGCCUGCGGGACGCCCUGUGCCGCCCCAAGGACGGAGCUGAGCUGCCCCCGCUGCUGUCCCCCCGGAACGGGCAGCCCAAGGCGGGCUGGGGGGAGCCCUGCAAGGAGCGCCCGGGGCCGCGGUGGGCGGAGGCCGUGCUGGCCCCGCUGGCCCUCUACAGCCACGCGUACCACCGCUACCCUCUGCCCGUGCCGGGGCUGGACACGCAGCACCCCGGCACCGCCGGCAAGCCCCGCACCGCGGCGGGGGACACGGCCGGAGACCCCCCGGCUUUCCGCCACUGCCCCUUCCUCGUGGAGGCCAAGCACAGCCCCUUCCUCCUGUCCUCGCUGCUGCCCGCCGGACCCCCGGCUGACCCCCCGUUCGGCGGCGCGGGGCCGGAGGGGCCGGGGGCGAUGGGUGACGGGCGGUUCGCCGGCGUGGACUGGCGGCUGGGCUCCUACGCGCCCGCCUGGGGACAGCCCCUCUACCUGGGGGUCCCGCCGAGGUGCAAGGCGGCUCUGACCCCCUUCGACGACUGCUCCAGCUCAGGGAAUAAGGAGUUUUACCCGAAGAAAGAACCCGGCUUCCACCCCUCGACCAAGAACCACGCGGCAUCGCAGCUGCUCGGCAGGAGCCAGGCAGGGCAGGACAGAGACGGGGAAGGGGAGCCGGCGGUGCCGGAGCUGCCGGGAGCCCCGUGGAGGGAUGGCCGGGCGGGGGGCAGCUCGGCGGUGCCCGCUCCCCACCCCCGCACGCCUCCCCCCAGCGCCAGCCACCCCCUCUUCCUCCUGCGGCCCGGCGCGGGGGGCUGCGGGGUGCCCUGGGUGGGCGCACGGCCGCACAGCGCCGAUUUCUCCACGGACACGGGGCCGGACCGGCCCUCGGAGCCCAAAGAUGAGCGCCUGGGCUACCAAAGCGCCCAGCCCGGCUCGCCUCCGGCAUGCGGGGAGCCAAAUCCCUCGCCUCUGCUGGCGGACCGGCACUACCCAGCGGCUCUUGCCAAGCCGGAGCCCACCCCGGCCUGUCUGUGCCCCACCCCGGGCUGCGAUGGGUGCCCGGGGGUGGGCUGCGGGGUGUCCAACCCCUUCGAGCCCACCCUGGGCAUGCCCGGGGGGCGUUUUCCGUGCCCCCCCAGCAACCACACCAAGCUGAAGAAGACGUGGCUGACGCGGCACUCAGAGCAGUCGCUGCCCCGCUCCAAAACUUCCCGGCGGGAUGGGGGUCCCGAGCCCCCCGCGGAGGGCAAGCGCUCGGCCAAACGCCCCCACGGCACCGCCGACGGUCCCCGAACCACCGGCGAGGGCGCCGGGGCGGCCAAGAGGGGCACCAAGGCCAGCGUGUGCCCGGGUGAUGGCACGGAGGGCGCGGGGGACCCCGAGGAGAGGAGGAUGGAGCUGGGAGACGGAGAGCCGCCGAGCCGCGCCGGGGAGCCGUGGUGCUUGCAGAGCCUGCCCUGCACCGCGCUGCCCCACAGCAUCCCCCGCUGCUGUGCCUGUGCCCCCCGCGCCGGGGGGGACCCCGAGGGCGAGGAGGACGAGGAAGAGCCCCCCGAGAGCACCUGCAGGCUGAUGCACUUCCGCAGGUUCGCCCUGGGGGACAACGGGGAGCUGAGCGUCGAUGGCCUCUGCACCCUGGGGGAGGCCGAGGGGGAGCUGCUGGAAGCAGCCGGCCCCGAGCUGGGGGGCAGGAAUGUGGGGAGCAGGAAUGUGGGGAGCAGGAAUGUGGGGAGCAGCCUCUGCCUGGCCAAGUACCUGCUGGGGGUCCUGGGGGACCCCUUCUGCGACGCCGUCCGCAGGGACAGGGACACGUGGCCGGGAGCCCCCGGUGGGCUCGAGGGGGUGACGGGCUGGCGGCGGGGGGAAGGAGCCCCCCAGCUCUGUGAUGCCUGCCAGCGUGGCUUCUUCAACUCCCACUGGAGCUGCGCCAGAUGUGGCUUCCAGCUGUGCCCCGACUGCCACCGCAGCAGGAGGGAGGACAAUGGCCCUGAGGGUCCGGCACAGCCACCUGAGUGCAUCCCCGGGCGGGACCACCACGUGUCAUCCCUGGUCCCCACACAGUUCGUCCCCACCUGCGUCCUGACCCGGCUCUGGAAGCUCCUGCACGAGGUCAGGGUCAAGUUUGGCAUCGAGUCCCACUGUCCCUGCGGGGAGGGGGCUGCGGAGCAGAGCCUGGCAGAGUCCCCGGGCAGGCAGGAGCCGCCGGGUGCCGCGGUGCCCACCCUGCCACCCCGCAGCCACGGCCCAGCCGACCCCGCCCGGCCCAUCAAGGAAGAGACCCCCGAGGGGGGGCCGCCGUCCCCGGGGCAGCCCCCGGCGCGGGGUGGGGCCGUGCAGACCACCACCCUCUGCGACCUCCUGGCCUCCACCGCCGUGAAGCUGUGCCUGGGCCAGGACGGGGUGCGCAUGGCCUUCGCCCCCGUGGCGCCCGCCCUGCCCAGCGAUAAUCGCCUGACCAGCAUCCUGGACAGCAUCAUCGCCCGCGUGGUGGAGAGGAAGAUCCAGGAGAGGCAGGUGGGGGGCGAGCUGAGCCCCUCCAGCCCCCCGGACCCCCCCGCGUCCCACUGCAUCCUGGCCCCCAGUGGGCUGCUCUGGCUGCACGACCCCGGCCACGCCAGCAACUACAAACUGUUCCAGGAGCACUGGCGGCAGGGCCAGCCUGUGCUGGUUUCAGGGCUGCAGAAGAGGUUGGAGGGGCGGCUGUGGGCGCCCGAAUCCUUCCAGCCCUCGGGGGAGGAGGAGGAGGAGGUGGAGGCGGUGAACCUGCGGACAGCGGGGAGCCGAGUCCGGAUGAGCAGCCGGGAGUUUUGGGGUGGCUUUGCCGCCAGCACAGCAUCCCGGGAGCAGGAACAGAGCAGUGGGAACCUGCUGAGGCUGGAGAGUGGCUUUGGGGACAUGGAGCUGAGCCGGGCCACCAACCUGCGGGCCAGCCUCCCCCUGCCCGAGUACUGCGGGGCCAGCGGCCGCCUCAACCUGGCCACCUACCUGCGGGGCCAGCGGGGCCGGCGCUGGCUGCGCCCGCGCGUCCGCGUGGCCUACGGUGUGCGUCCGCAGGACCGGAACUUUGGGACCAAAAACCUGACGGUGGAAGCCGCCGACUCCAUCAGCGUCCUGGCCCACGCAGCGCCGGCAGCGCGGGAGGUGCUGCUGCCAGGGGACGUGGGACACCAGGACGCGCAGCUGCGGGAGCGGCUCAGGGACAGCGGUGGCCGGCCCGGGGCCCUGUGGCACAUCUUCCGUGCCGAGGAUGCCGGGCGGAUCCGGGAUUUCCUGCGGAAGGCAUCCGAGGAGCCGGGGCGGGAGGGGACGGUCACGGCGGAGCCCCCGGGCCGCUACCUGGACCCCGGUCUGCGGCGGCGGCUGCGGGAGGAGUGCGGGGUGAGCGGCUGGAGCCUCCUCCAGUUCCAAGGGGACGCCGUGCUGGUCCCCGCCGGGGCUCCCCACCAGGUGCAGAGCCUCACCGGCACCAUCAGCGUGGAGCAGCAAUUCCUGUCCCCGGAGAGCGCCGUCCGCCUCCGGGACCUCGGCAUCGGGGGUCCCGCCGGGACCACGCGCCAGCUCCGCGCCCAGCUGGACGGGAUGAUCUUCGCCGCCGUGCGGGAGGCCCUGGGCGUUCUGCAGGGCUGCAAGUGAGGCCACGGCCCGACGGGAGGACGCUGGGAGCCUUGGUCACCGUCGUGGACACGGCCGGGACGCUGCGGGGAGCCGGGACCGGGCACCUCUUGCUCGGUGCUUUGCUCCGAGAGCUCCCGCGGGUGCUCGGGGCAGGAGGAAUAAAGUGUCCAGAGCGUGCCGGGGCAGCUGGCACCACCAGCA